CCCUUCCCUUCUCCCGGUCCCUCAACGAGGAUAUGGUGAACCCGGACUCCUGUAUGCCGAUCGCCAACAUUACAGCCGUGGACACCACGUGUCUCAAUGAUCCCGAAGAGUUUUUCCUCGGGGAGAGUCUCUUAUCGCAAAAUGUUAAAUACAAUCUCGUAUUCAUGACUCUCGUCACGUACUUGCAGAUCGUGGUCACCCCUCUCACCUUCACUUCAGAUGUCAACAUAUUCAUCAAUGAACAGAGGAAUGGUUGGUAUAGUAGUGGUGCCUACUAUUGGGCCAAAUCAACGGUAGAUAUGUUUCCCGUAAUACUAACUCUACUUCCGUUCAUCGGUAUAAUGAAUAAAUACAAGUCGAUUACCAAGUUUUUCGCAUACCUGGGCUUUCUAUCCGUGUCCACACUAUGCUCCCAAAAUGUGGGCCAUAUCGCGGGCAUAAUAUUCAGCAAUGAUAGCAAACAGGCC